CUCUAGAUUCUCUAGUGGACAGUUAAGUCAUAACCGUGAAAUUUAUUUUAUCAAAUGUAUCAAAAGAUUUAUUAUAUUAAGUUGUUAUUAUAAAUUAAUUUUCAAAUAUAUACUUAACAAUUGAGAAAAUUAAUUUUUCAUCGCUCUGGAACAGUUUAAACAAUAACAUUAAAUUAAAUUAAUAUUUUGAAGUAUUCAAUUAAAAUGAGUGAUAAAUCUCCAGCUUCAUUAGACAUGCAAUCAAUUCACAAGGUUACAUUACAAAUUGAAAAGCCAGGUACAAUCGUAUAUUCAAAUUUUUUUCACAUGAAAUGUGCUCCCAAUAUUAAAUUUACCAUCUUUGUGGAAAUGAAUGACAAAAAAUUGUUAAAAGUAAUAGUCAGAAAACAUUAUACCAAAUCAGCGAUGGUAAUUAUCGAAUUGGCAAUAGGUGAUACGCCACCAAUUAGAAUAUCUGUGGCUAAUUGGAAAGAAGAUGUGAUUUUUGAUGGUUUAGUAAUUCCGACGAAUUGUGAUGUUUGUUUAAAACAUCCAAAUUAUGGUAAUUUUUGUUCACUACCGCAAAAUUAUGAUAAUACUCAUAAAUAUAGUAUACCGAUAGUUGCUUCAAUAUUCUGGUAUGGAUUUACCGAUGAAUUGCUCAGUCCCAAUUUAUAUGAUAAUAUGAAACAAUACUACAAUAACAAAGAAUUCAGUGAUGUUAUUAUUAAAGUUAAGGACCAAGAGUUUCCAGCUCAUAAAAACAUACUGGCAGCGCAAAGUCCCAUGUUUCGGAUGAUGUUAACAACAGACAUGAAAGAGUCAAAAGAAAACUGCAUUAACCUUCCAGAUCUUGAUGCUGAUUUGGUCAAUGAAUUACUUCUAUUUUUGUACACUGGGAAAUUAGACAAAGCAAACAAUGAUUAUAACUUUGCUUUAAAUCUAUUAGAAGUAUCUGCAAUGUACAUCAUAACGAAUUUAAAAGAUGUUUGUGAAAUAGUAUUAAGUAACUACAUAUCAAUUGAUAAUGUACUGGUUCUCCUGGAGAAGGCUUUAGUUCAUAACUUAUCAACAUUAAAAAAAUGUGCCUUAACAUUUAUUGCUAGUAAUCCACAACAGUUAUAUUAUUAAUCACGAGUAAAUUCAAACUUUUUUACUAAAGAUAAAGUAAUCUAAUAAUACUUCGUUAUGUAAUCAGUAAAAAGAUUUGAAUAACUUAAAAAAUCCCCGUAUUAUACGAUAAUUAUUACUAAAUAUUUCAACAAAAUAUGUAUUGAUGUUAUCUCUAUAAUCUAAAUACUAAUUUUUUCAAUUAUUCAAUUAUUAGUUUUAUUUCAUCGUAAUCUAACUGUUUUAUUUACCGGAAAAAAAAAAAUCAUAUCUGUUUCAUUGACUAUCAGUAAUCCGAUAUGGCCGGAUAUUGAUAUCUAUCACGGAAAAAAGAUUGCAGUUACUAUAACAAACUCGGAACUUCCCCUCAAUCUUGACCCUCACUACGAGCCACGCUGUCUGACACCCAAUGCUUACAUUCAUCCAGAUGUAAGAGCGCAUGCGUUGUAGUUUGAUCAUUGAAGGAGAAGGGGAAUUCGAUAAGUCGGAAUUUCCUGAAAAUUUUCGCUCCUCCGUAGACUAACUGUCAGAAUUAGUGAAAUCCGACUGUACUACAAUGUUUUACUACACGGAAAGAAUUUUUUGAUAAAAAUUACUCUGUAAUUUCGAGUAAUCCUGGGCCGUUGCAAAAAAUUGGUAUUAUUUGUUUUAAAUUUAAUAUUUUUUGUUUAAAUAUUAACGUUGCUAGACCAUGUUUUACUCUACUACUGAGUAAUUUUUUAAAAGUCUUAUAUUUAAUCGAUUAUUGUGAAUAUCUCAUCUUAAUCUAUUAAUUUUAACUCCAUGCGAUUAAUUUUUACUCCCUAAUAUACCAUUCUUUUAAACCCAUUAACUUUUUGAUGAAAAACUACCUAUAACUCAAAUAAAUUUUCUUAUCUAUGGAAGUAAUUUUUACUCUCAACUGUAGAGUAAUAUUUCAGUAGCCUCCGUUAAUCUUCGGUUAAUAUCGGCUUCAAUUAAAUGUCUUUUAUUUUGCUCGCGACAACUUACAUAUGUUACGCACACAAACGUAGGUUUGGAAAAAAAGACGAUCUCUGUAUCUCUCUAUAACUUAAGGGCUUGUUCAGAAACACACUCUGUAAGAGAAAAUAUUCAACUCCUGCGUUCAGAAAUAUCCACUGGUCGAACCAGAGGUGCGAUAUAACAUUACAAAGGUACUAAUCACACCUAGAUAGGUAAUUUUUCACCUCCAGAGUGUAUUUCUGAACACGCCCUAAUAUUUAUUUUAAAAUUAAAAAAAAAUUUAUAUCUUUUCUUUUUCAACACAAUAAGAGUAAUUUUUUUUUUUUUAUUCUUUUUCAAAAUAUUUAUUAUAAGUCAUAUUCUAAAGCAAUUAGAUGAUUUUUAGAUUUUUUAUGAAAAUUUCAGCCUAUUAAUUGUAAUUUUUAUUGUAAUUCAAUAUAAAUUUUAUAAAUUGAAUCAACAACUUUCUAUCAUAACCUACGAGUAAAAAUUGAAUUACAGAGAAUUUAUUUAGACAGCCGCUAGGUGUAAUUUUUACUCGUAAUUGUGAGUAAAAAUUAAUCUGAUUGAUUUUUACUCAUUGAAAGAGUGAAAUUUCGUAAUUCGAAAGUAAAAAUUCGUAAUGGUCCAAGAUAACUCGAUUUAGAGUAAUUUUUAGAAUAAAUAACAUGGCAAUAUUCAUACGAAAAUUCUUUCCGUGUACAAUAUCGUGGUUGUAAGGUACACAAUUUUUUUUCCGUGUAGUUAUAUCUAAAUUUCUGUAUGAUUAUAUACACUCAGAGAAUUAAAUGAUAGGAAUUAUCAUCUAGUGAUAGUGAAAUUUUUACUAUCAAUCCGAUAGUAGUGAAUAUUAUCUAGAUGAUAACAAUAACUUGAAUUUCUAAGAAAUAAAUCUAAAAACAAAGUCAAGGUUUGUUGUUCACAUAUUUUUUUAUUGUCAUUGCAUACAGAUUAUUUGGGUACAAGAAAAUAACUUUUCCAUGCGAUUAUAUACCUCGAAAAGUUAUUAUCAUUCACAUAACUUUUCAAAGGUAUUAUAUUUAGGGCCAUCUGCCCAACGAUACAAAGAGCAGACUCCUCUACAGCAAUCGCCGUUAUUUUCACACUAAUAAUAAAAAUAUUAAAAUAUUAAUUAAUUUUGUAGAAUUAAAAAAAACUUUAUCAUAAAUUAUUUCAAAUAGUGAAUGUAUUACACGGAGAGAAAUUUAUGGUAACCGUUCCAUACCGUUAUGGUAAUGAUUACUUGGAAUUAUGGGAAAUAGGCCCAUACUUUCUGGGAAAAGUUCCCAUAAGUAUGGAAACAAUUCUCAUCAUUAUGGUAACAGUUCCCUUAUCGCAUGUGAAAAAAUUACGGUAAUAAUUACCAUAAUAUUAUAGUAAUGAUAACUAUAAUAUAUAUGGGUGCCAUUUCUAUCAUCAACAUUUCAAAAAAACCGGUUAACAUGCAUUACGCUCUCUUAAUUUGAAUCAAUGAGAAAUCCACUGGUUCAUUCAGUGAGUAAAAAAAGUCACUGGUGAAUCAGUGAGAUUCAAAGAUGCUCACUGGUAAACCAGUGCAAAAUUUAAGUACCUCGAGUGACCAUUGUCAACAGCGACCUAUGAUUAGUUAUACCGGUUAUAGAAAGUUAUACAUAAUCUGAUGUUUGUUUAUUAAUGUCAAUUGAAUUAAUUGAUAAAUUUCAAGCCAAAUUGUGACCUUAUUAUUGCAUUUUCUAUUUUACAUAAAUUAUAUUAUGUUUUUAAUGUAAGCUAUCUUCCAAGCUUUGAUAAUUUUUAUAAUUUAAUCGACCAGUAUAUUUGUAAAAUUUCGAAGAAAGUUCGAAAAGUAGUUUCAUUCUUCCAUAUUACUGUGAAUAAUUUUAAUACAGUUAAUGUAGUGAAUGUUGAAUACAGUAAAUUUGCGUGAAUAUGUUUUUAAUUCAUUUAUUUUACGUGAGUAAUCAUGCCCUAUAUGUAUAAGUUGGGUUAUGACGAAAGUUAUAUCAGCUCACUGUUGAAUCAGUGAAACUCACUGGUGAAUCAGUGCACUGAGAAAAAAAUUCUCUUUGGACAAUUAAAUUGGUUUUGUUGAAUUCUAUUAAACUAAAAUUUAUUUGGGACAACUAAAUUUUAUUACGUCAAUAUAAUCUAUUUUAUAAUUUUUAACAAAUGAUUUAAUAGACUCUAUUUGGUUGACAUUAAUAUUUCUCUCUCUAAGAUAAUAAAAUCAUUUGGUAGAGUUAAGAAAAUAUUUAUUUAAUGGACAACUUAACUAUUUUGUAGUGCCAACAAAUCCAAAUAUUAGAGCAUAAUAUUAUUAUAUUAACUCUAAUGAAUACUAACUUAGACACAAAAAUAUAUAUUCAUUUAGAAUAAAUAUAUAUAUUUGUUCGAGGUUAAUAAAUAUAUAUUUGAACCUAAUGAUUAUUGAUUUAAAAGUUAUGGUGUUAGGCAGCAGCAGCUGGAGUAGUUCGGUGCUCGCCACUAGAUCGCGCCCACCAUUUGUGGUGUCCCUGGUAAGAUACUUAUUUCAGAGUUUAUAUAUUCCGAGCUUGAAGCAUUUAUAGAACAAGAUAUCCGUUGAAAAUUUUUGACAGUGAUGUCGAGGUAUAUUGUAUUACACUAUGACAUUAAUGUUUAAUAUUAAUAUUUUUCUAGAACAAUUUUUGUCACAAUUGAAUAAAUAUUCUGUUAUUUCAAAAUAAUAUUCAAUUAUUAUUAAUAACUCGUUCUCUAUAAUAAUCACUGAUACAUUUCAUUAUGACUUCUUUAAAAACUCUACAGGUAAUCAAUUUGAUUUUAUGCUUGCUACUCAACGCGUAUAAAUCUUUACCAAAUAUUUCAUAGUUUCUAAUAAUUUGUUUUGUUGAUGGAUUACAAAAGAUUUAGUUAAAACAACCAAAUAUAUGAUUGGCAAUGGGCAACCAAAUGAUUUUCUUGUCAUAACUAAAAUUUAGUUGUCAGGAGAAAAUUUUUUUCUCAGUGUGAGUUUUAGUAGUAAACCAGUGAGGUUUCACUGGUGAACCAGUGAAAUUCCACUGAUUCAAAUUAAGAGAGUGGGGACCUUUCUCAUAAUAUAUUGUAAUUGUUACCAUAAAUUUCUCUCCGUGUAUAUUUAUUUAUUUACGUAUUUUAUCCUUACCGGUUUUGUACUGUCUAUGCAAGGUCUGUCACCCGAGCGAGCU